AUGGUAAAACCGGUGAGGAAGACCUCCAACAAAAAUCCGCCGAUCUUAAGUCACGAAUUCAUCAUCCAAAACCAUGCAGAUAUCGUUUCUUGCAUCGCUAUGGUGUUCGUGGUGGGCCUUAUGUUUCAGGCUACAGCACCAAUAGCUUCAAUUUUCAUCAGCCUCCAACAUAAUGUGACUGAAGCUGGAGAAAUUCCUCUUUACACUUCGGGAAUAAAAGAUUGGGGUUCAGUUGCAUUUUACAGUUUAAUUUGUGUUGUUAUUCAUGCCAUCAUUCAAGAAUAUGGAUUGGAUAAAAUCUCCAAAAAACUCCACCUGUCCAAAUCCAAGCUGGCCAUCUUCUCCACCAGCGGUCAACUGGCCGUGUUCUACCUGAUCUCGGCCGGCUGGGGCUUGGACAUCGCCGUCAAGGAGCACUACGUCCCCGACAUCUCGCGCCUGUGGGCCGACUACCCCGCACCGAUGACCUUCCUCGCCAAACUCUACGUCAUCAUCCAACUCGCCUACUCUCUGCACGAACUGCCCGAACUCUAUUUCCAGAGGGUGAAGCGCGAAGAGAUCGUCGAGAAGGUCGUGGCCAGCACCGCCGCCUUGAUCCUCGUCGCCGUACCGUAUUUCUUGAAUUUCAACCGUCUCUUGGUGUGCCUUUUGGUUCUCCACCAUAUUUCUGAAUUAGUAUUCCACAUAUCUCAACUUAUCCAAACCGUUGAUAAAGACGAAAAAUUCUCUAAACUGACCAAAUUCAUAUCGAACGGUCUCCAAGUAGUCGCUCGUUUGGGAAGCAUCAUCUUGGCCGUGCUCACCUUGUGGUACGGACUCGCCAAAGCCGAAAACCAACAACUUGACAUCCAAAACAAAUACUUCAACACUCCAACUGUGAGGCUCGGACUCUUGGCCGGAGUUCUCUUGCUUCAAAUGUACUUGGUAUUCAAUGUUAUCAGCAAGGAGAUGGCAAAAUCUCGUGAGAGCAAAUCGUUGACAACAGUGUCCAAGAACAAGACACAGAAAAAAGAAAAUUCGAAGAAAAAUAAGAAAGGCGCCAGCGAGGAGUCAGACCUCCCUGAAGUCGACCAAAACACCAACAAAACCUUAAGAAAACAAAAAGUUAAAUAA